AUGGUCAGGAAGUCCUCUUCGCGCCAACGAGCGCCGCGGUCCUCACGGCGCCCGUUGUGGCACGCGAUGUUGAUUGCGAGCACCCGGAACAUGCUCAAUCCGGAGGAACCAGACCUAAAGAGUCCACAGGAGGAUGUCAAUUUGCUGAAACGAAGCCUCCUGCGUAGUGGCUUCUGCGAAAAAGACGAGCACGUGCACAUCAUAGGCCCAGGCAGCUUUGCUGAAAGAUGUUUUAGUGUGAGUUUGCAAUUUGAUGUUUCUCCAAUGGAAGCGGUAAGCUUGGAAAGAGACCCCACCUGGGGCAAAGGAAGGACCACACUCUAA